AUGCCUACAUAUAUGUCUGUUUUUCACCUCUCUCUCUCUCUCUCUCUCUCUCUCUCUCUCUCUCUCUCUUUCCACCACUCUCUCUCUCUUUCGACCACUCUCACUCUCUCUUUCCACCUCGCUUCCUCUUUCCACCUCUCUUUCGACCUCUCCCUUUUCACCUCUCUCUUUCAACCUCUCUCUCUCUUUCCACCUCUCUCUCACUUUCCACCCAACUCUGUCUUUCCACCACUCCCUUUUCAUCUCUCUCUUUCCACCUCUCUCUUUCCACCUCGCUCUCUUCCCACCACUCUUUCCACCACUCUCUCUCUCUCUUUCCACCUCUCUCUUUCCACCUCUCUCUCUUUCCACCACUUGCUCUCUCUUUCCACCUCUCUCUCUCUUUCCACCUCUCUCUUUCCACCUCGCUCUCUUUCCAUCACUCUUUCCACCACUCUAUCUCUCUUUCCACCUCUCUCUCUCUUUCCACCUCUCUCCCUUUCCACCUCUCUCUCUUUCCACCUCUAUCUCUUCCCCCCUCUCUCUCUCUUUCCACCUCUCUCACUUUCCACCUCCCUCACUUUCCACCUCUCUUUGAUUGCGUGCGUGCUUAUUUAUAUUUCAGCUUUCUUUAAACAAACAAUAUUUUAA